AUCACAGAUCGUGUUAUUGGAACGUCCUCCCACAGUAGCGAUGGUGGGAAUGAGUGUUCUCAGGUCUGCUGCUGCUUUAGCAGCCAGACUUGGUCCUCUGAAAUGUGGAAAUAAUGUGGCAAAUUUACUCACCCGCACAAUCCCGCGGACCGAUAAAGUGGCAGUUCGUUGGGGUCAUGGAAAGAAAAUGUUUGUCAUCAACCCCCCUCAAUUCUAUGACAAGCGAUUUCUGAACUUACUGAGAUUUUAUGUCCUGCUGACUGGCAUUCCUGUGGUUAUCGUUGUCACAUGUGUGAAUCUCUUCAUUGGUGAGGCAGAACUGGUUGAAAUUCCAGACGGCUAUGAACCUGAGUACUGGGAGUACUACAAGCACCCCAUCAGCAGGUGGAUUGCACGAAACAUCUAUGAUGAUCCUGCAAAGGACUAUGAAAAGGUGAUGGCUGCACUCCAAAUAGAGAAAGAGAAGGAAGAUGCCAGACUGCUGCAGAUGGAGGCGCGGAGACAGAUGAGGAUGAGGGGAGACGGCCCCUGGUUCCAGGUAGAAAGUCUCAACAAGGAGCUAAUUGACAACAGCAUCAAGUCAACACCUGACAAUUAAUCCAGACACGUCUGCCAUUGGUCCAUCAUCCUGGGCAAUCUCACUGUUUGUACAUUUUUUCCCUCCCUGCGUAAAUAAAGUAUCUAUAUGUACUCUGA